UUCAUCUCUCGUCGUCUCUGGCCUCUUUUCUUACCUCUCCUCUUCUCAUUCCCUCCUCCGUUCCCCCGCAGUACACCUGUGACCCGCACACCUCGAGCACUCUUCAGCCACCAGUCACCACUAUUAACAGUCUUACACUUCCCGACGACCGCAAUGCCGCACCACAACCUCAACAGCGGCUACGAAAUCAAGAGUAGCAGAGCUGGUGCCACUCACGCCUGCGCCACAAAAAACACGAGGACGCCUCCCUCGACCCAAGCCCUCGGCGACAGUGACCGCACACGUCGUGAAACCACUGCCGCUAGUAAUACCAACAACGCCUGGGUCCGCGCUCAGCUCGAGGCGAGACCUACUGCCCCCCGCUAUGGGCGAAACUGGACCACCACCUUCCCUUCGGCUGAAUACUCAUCAUCGAUUGCCAGUCCGAGCACACCCACGCGUCACCAGUCCUCGCCCAUGUCCGUGCACCGCAAGUCGUACAGUACCAUCGAGUCUCCUUCUGGUCCCAGCGCUGGCGGUAGAGUGCAGUAUUACGCAGACAUGGUUCCCACACACCCUAUGACGCGCCAGUCUGGGCCUCCGCAAACGUCAAGCACCCCGUACGCGACUCGCUCAACGUCCACUGUGCGUUCAGGGUACAACCCUCCCAACAACACUUACGCCUUUGAGCCUUUCUGCGACGAGAAGGCUCUUCUCGACGAAGCUAUCAACACGUGUCUAGGUGGCUAUGCUCCCUCCAGCUCUCUCUACCCCGCCUCAGAGAGGCACCGCGCCACAUUCAGCGAGCGUGACGACAGCGUACUAUCGGAAGAUGAUGGCGAGCUUGGGAUGAGCCGCAAUGGUGUGUUCGCUCGGUGUAGUACAUACUGACCAUUGUCUACAUCCCUAACCCGCACCGCGGAAUGACCAAAGAAGUUCUCCAGAAGUACGGGCACCACUUUGGCCGCGUCGUGUCUGUCAAGGUAGAGAAUGCCGGCGAGGUGUCAAGCGAGACGAUUGGCCAGUUCCCACUCAAAAGUGGCCACGAUAAUCGCGGAUACGCCUUUGUCAUGUAGGUACUGCUUCUCACUCACCUUCCCUUGCUCUUCACU